AUGUCUCGUAUGGAAUUAUACUCACCCGAAGGUUUGAGAGUAGAUGGUAGAAGAUGGAAUGAGUUACGUCGUUUCGAAUGUCGCAUAAAUACACACCCAAAUUCAUCCGAUGGAUCAUCAUAUAUUGAACAAGGGAAUUCAAAAAUUAUAUGUAUGGUACAAGGACCAAUGGAGCCUGCAUUAAGAUCACAAUCUAAUCCAAACCAAGCUAAUAUUGAAAUCAAUAUCAAUAUCUCAAACUUUUCCACAACUGAACGAAAGAAAAGACUUAAGAAUGAAAAGAGAUUAAUCGAACUUAAAGCUACUUUGGAAAGAACUUUUGAACAAAGUGUUAUGUGUAAACUUUAUCCAAGAACUGUUAUCCAAGUAAAUAUACACGUGUUGGCUCAAGAUGGUGGUCUCUUGGCCGGAAUUACCAACUCUAUAACGCUUGCCUUGAUAGAUGCAGGGAUUGCUAUGUAUGAUUAUGUUUCUGCAACAAGUGCAGGUUUAUAUGACACAACUCCAUUAUUAGAUUUGAAUACAUUAGAAGAAAACGAUAUGAGCUCCUUAACUAUAGGAGUUAUCGGGAAGAGUGAAAAAUUGGCCUUGUUGCUUUUAGAAGAUAAGAUGCCCCUCGAUAGAUUGGAGUCAGUGUUAGCAAUUGGUAUUGCAGGUGGCCAUAGAAUACGUGAUCUUAUGGAUGAUGAAGUUAGAAAACACGGAAACUUAAGAUUGUCAAAGAAGAUAGCAUAA